AUGGCUUCUUCAGGUUUUUCUCCAGCAGUUCCACCAGUCUUCAAUGGAGAAGGCUUUCAUAUAUGGGUAGUUAAGAUGAGGACUUACCUGCAAGUAUUUGAUCUGUGGGAAGUUGUAAACACCGAUGCUGAUCCAAUACCACUUAGGGCCAAUUCCACAGUGGCUCAGAUUAGACAACAUGCUGAUGAGAGGACCAAGAGGCACAAAGCCAUGUCCUGCAUUCAGAACUAUGUGUCAGAUGUCAUAUUUACAAGAAUUAUGGCUUGUAAAACACCAACACAAGCUUGGGACAAGCUCAAAGAGGAGUUCCAAGGCAUAGAGAGGACAAGGCAGCAGCAGCUGUUGAAUCUGAGAAGAGAAUUUGAAAAUUUGAAGAUGAAGGAGGAAGAAACAGUGAAGCGGUAUUCAAAUAGAAUUAUGUUUGUGGUAAACAGCAUAAGGUUGCUAGGAGAACAGUUCAGUGAAGCAAGGAUCAUGGAGAAGGAGCAAAGGAGAGCUAGCAGGAUGGAAGAGCACCAAGAAGGUGCUUUUCAAGGCAAGGCCAAAGCUGCCUCGAGCACCACUGCCUACAAAGGCAAAAAGACUUUGAAAAACAGGCCUAAGCCUGAUGCUGCAAGAAGAGGGGACCAAUCCUGCAAGCACUGUAAAAGGCCUGGAUAUCCAGAAGAAUGGUGCUGGUUUAGAUCAGAUGCACAAUCUCAAUAUUGCAAGAAAAUGGGGUAUAUUGAAAGGGUUUGUAAAAACAAAGGCGGACCUAGACAAAAUCAAGCACAACAGAAAAAUGUUAAAGCUCAAGUGGCUGAAGAUAGUAGUGACCAUGAGGAGCAGGCCUUUGCUGUGUCAUGCUCAGCUGGUCAAAAGAAGAGCUGA